AUGAGCGGCAUUCGACAGGAGGGCCGCGAGCUCAGUGAUGUGAGCGAAGGCGGCAAGUCCCCAGAGGUCAAGGCCGAGCCUGUGGCGGAAUCCAUUGAUCGCGAGGAACUGGAUCGCGAGCAAUUGGCCAGGCUCGGCAAGAAGUCUGUUCUCAAGAGAAACUUCCGUUUCCUGACCAUUCUCGGCUUCAGCUGCGCCAUUCUCGUAACAUGGGAGGGCACUCUCAUGAACUUCGCGCCCGGUCUGGCAAACGGCGGGCCAGGCGGUCUCGUCUACGGCUUCAUCUUCGUCUGGAUCGGCAACAUCAGCGUCUUCUCCACCCUCUGCGAGCUCGUAUCCAUCGCCCCGACCUCCGGUGGUCAAUACCAUUGGGUCGCCAUGCUCGCGCCCCGAUGGUGCUCCAAGUUUCUCAGCUACCUGACCGGCUGGUUGACACUCGCUGGAUGGCAAGGCACGUCAGCGGCUGCUGGCUUCUUGACUGGGACCAUGAUUCAGGGUCUGGUGACAUUCAUGGUGCCCUCGUACAAUGCGCAGACGUGGCAGGGGACAUUGAUGCUGUGGAUGUGUAUUCUGAUUGCGGUCACUAUCAACACGGUUGUUAGCUCCCUGCUUCCCAAGAUUGAGGGCAUGAUUCUUAUUCUGCACAUUAUUGGAUUCUUCGCCAUUCUGAUUACACUGACCACGUUUGGCGCGAAUGCAUCUGCCGCCGAUGUCUUCCUGACUUUCCGCAAUGAGGGGAUGUGGCCAUCCCAAGGUCUGUCAUGGUUCGUCGGUUUACUGGGCUGCGUCUUCUCGUUUGCUGGUGUCGACUGUUCCUUUCACAUGUGCGAGGAAGUCCGAAACCCUUCCGUCGCUGUCCCCCGGUCCAUCAUGACCAGUGUCACCAUCAACGGCUGCAUGGGUCUCGCCAUGGUCAUCGCCAUGCUCUACAGUGCUUCUGACAUCGAUGCCGCCAUCAACUCCCCCACUGGCUAUCCUUACAUCGAGAUCUUCUACCAAGCUACUGGUUCUAAAGGUGGCACUGCUGCCAUGACCUCGCUGAUCAUUGUCAUGACCCUCUCCGCUAUUGUUGGUGUCAUUGCAGCCACUUCCCGAAUGUGCUUUGCCUUUGCUCGCGAUCGCGCCUUGCCCUUCUGGUCCACACUGUCUAAGGUUGACGAGCGUACCAACGUUCCUGUCUGGGCCAUCACCGUUACCAGUGUCAUCGCCUGCCUCAUCGGCCUCAUCAACAUCGGCUCUGCCGUCGUCUACAACGCCAUCAUCUCCGUCGCCGUCUCCGGCCUCUAUUCCUCCUACCUUAUGGCCGCCUCCCUCCUCCUCUACCGCCGCGUCGGCAAGGGCUACAAGCUCCCUGACCCUAGCGCCCUUCCCGCCCUGGCCGACACCACCGCCGGCGAGGGCCAGACCCUCGCAUGGGGUCCCUGGCAUGUCCCCGGCAUCUUUGGGAUUCUUAACAACACCUUUGCGUGUAUGUUCAUGCUUAUCAUCUGGUUCUUCAGCUUCUGGCCUCCGCAGACCCCCGCUGACGCUUCCACGAUGAACUAUGCCUCGCUGAUGACGGGUGGAGUCGCGCUGCUUUCGGUUGUGUACUAUAUGCUAUGGGCUAAGAGGGAGUACAAGGGCCCUCAUAUGGAGGUUCAUGUUACCGAUGAACAGUACUAG